AUGGACACGGGGGAUACCUCUCCCUGCGUGCUGCUGUUCUUCGAGCGGCUUCGCCUGGUGUUCAACGCGGGCGAGGGGCUGCAGCGCCUCUGCAUAGAGCACCGCAUCAGGCUCUCCAAGGUGGGUCAUGACGCGGGUUUUGGGUUUAAGGGGGGUUUGGGGUUUAAGGGGGGUAGGAGACGGGUAUGGACACAAGGGGACACGUCCCCCUGCGUGCUGCUGUUCUUCGAGCGGCUGCGCCUGGUGUUCAACGCGGGCGAGGGCCUGCAGUGCCUCUGCAUAGAGCACCGGAUUAGGCUGUCAAAGGUGCGUCAUGCCCGGGGUUUAGGGUUUAAGGGGGUUAAGGGAGGGUAUGGACACGGGGGAUACCUCCCCCUGCGUGCUGCUGUUCGUCGAGGCUGCGCCUGGUGCUCAACGCAGGCGAGGGGCUGCAGCGCCUCUGCAUUGAACACCGAAUUCGCCUCUCUAAGGUUGGGGGCUGCGCCUGGUGGGAUUGGCUUAAAGGUGCGUCUGGUGUUCAACGCGGGCGAGGGGCUGCAGCGCCUUUGCAUAGAGCACCGCAUCCGGCUGUCAAAGGUGGACAAGAUAUUUCUCUCCCGCGUGUGCACGGAGACAGCCGGGGGGUUGCCAGGCAUGCUGCUGACGCUCGCCAACACGGGGGAAACAGGCGUCACUGUGGACAUCUGUGGGCCGUCGGAUCUGCAUCGGCUCGCAGCAGCCAUGCGCUGCUUCGUGGGCGCAGCCUCGGUCCGAACCUCCAGCUUCGGCAGCAGCAGCCCUGGGCGUCAGUCAUACCCCCACGCCCCACUCCCUGCUUUCUACAAUGCACCACAGCAGCCGCAGCAGCAGCAGCAGGGGCAGCAGAAGGUGCUGGGUUCAGGGCAGGAGCAGGGAAGGGAAGCAGUUACUAUGCAGGAGCAGUGGCAGUUGGAACAGCAGGAGGACAAGAGCGCGUACAUUGUGCAUGAUGAUGGGGAUGUGAAGAUCACGGCUGUGCUGCUCGAACCGUCGUUGCUAGAAUUCACAGCAGCAGCAUCAUCGGCAGCAGAAGAAAACACAGCACUAGCCGUUUCUCUCAACACUUCAAGGAAUCUCUGCUUGAAGGACGCGGAUAGCAGCUCUGCUGUUCUCCCUUCGCCAUCCGCGUCCUUCAAGGAGUUGACCCUGGCGCAACAGAAGGAAGGCGGAUUGGCAGGAGAGGGGGCGACAGGUGUCAGUUCCAAAGCGGCCCUCCCCUCCGCCACGUCAGCGAAGCGCCCCAGUCCUUCCGGCACUGCUGACAUCAGCAGCGGAUGGGAAACCACUGGGGGUGGAAGCGAGAAGAGGCCGAGGGUGGAGGGAGAGAGAAGGGAGGAAGCGGCGAGGGGGUUGGAGGGGAAUACAGCAGGGAUGGGGCCAGGAGUGGGAGCAGCGGGGAUGGCAUCGGUGGUGUAUGUGUGUGAGUUGCCGACAGCAGCAGGGAAGUUUGACCCAAAGCGCGCAGCAGCCAUGGGCAUCCGCCCGGGCCCCAAGUACCGGCGCCUGCAGAUGGGGGAGAGCGUGCCCUCAGACGAUGGGAGCAGGACGGUUCACCCUUCUGACGUUCUCGAAGCAUCCAUCCCAGGCCCCGUUGUCCUCCUUAUAGACUGCCCCACUGCAAGCCACACGCAAGCCCUCCUGCAGUCGCCUCAGCUGCAGCGAUUCUGCAUCAGCCACCGCCAGAAAUCCAAGAGUGACAAUAACGAGAAGAGUGACAGUAACGGGAGUGACUAUAAGGAGGUGACAGUGGCAGUGCAUGUGAGUCCUGAAGCUGUGGUGGAGGAGGAGCAGUACCGGCGGUGGAUGGGCAAGCUUGGUCCCAACAUCACCCACGUCUUAGCUGGUCAUGGCAGGGACAUGGAGGUAUGGGGUGGUGGUGCUGACAGUGGCAGUCAUGUGCAUCCAGAGGGGGUGAAGGAGCAGUAUCGGAGAUUCACCUCUCAUUUUUUUACCCUCUUCCGUCCCACCGCCCUGAACCCUGUAACAUCCGCUCCACAGCCCGUGGAGGGGCUCCCGCUCGGUCCCAUUGUUAUUGCCAAGAACCUUCUCAAGGUCAACCUGCGAGGUGCCCCCGUUCUAGGGGUUGACACGUCAGCAGUGCCGCCCGCUUUCAACGCGAGGAGCACUGUUCACCACCUGCUGCACAACAUUCCGGAGCUCGAGGAAGCUUCCAGGAAGGUGGCUGCGGACUGGGGUUUGAGUAGCAAGGAGAACGAGGGGGAGAAAAUGGGAGAGCAGCUGGGUGUUGAUAAGGAGGACAAUGCACCGGCGUGCCUACAAGGAAUGGGCAGGGAGGAGGUGGAGGUGGUGUUUCUCGGCACGGGGUCAUCCCAGCCGUCCAAGUACCGCAAUCUGAGCGGCAUCUACGUUCACCUGUUCGAUCGAGGCGGCAUGAUUCUGGAUUGUGGCGAGGGGAGUUAUGCACAGCUGACCAGACGGUUCGGGCCAGAAAAGGCAGAGGAUAUUAUAGCGGGUCUGAAGUGUAUUUGGAUCUCCCACAUUCACGCCGACCAUCACACGGGGCUCGUCAGAAUUCUCGCUGCCCGGAGAGACAUUCUUUUGCGCCGGGCAGCUCAGCGGGCAGCUGAACGGGCAGUCCCCGGGGCAGGUUCUCAGAAAACGUUUGAGAAGAUGGAGACAGAUGAACAGGACAAGAAUGCUACAGUGCCAGUGCCGCCCAUUCUGGUCGUCGGGCCAAAGCAGCUUCGGCGGUAUCUGGAGGCGUAUCAGACGUUCGAGAGCCUCCACUUGACGCGGCAGCUGGGGGAGGUGUUAUCUGCGCUGGGGCUGACCCGGCUGGAGAGCGUGCCUGUGGUGCAUUGCCCCCAGGCGUUUGCCGUGGUGCUGGAGGGAAUGGUGAGAGGGGGAGAGAAGGGGCGGGUGAGGGGGCGAAAGAAGGGGCGAGAGAGGAGGAGAGAGGGAGGAGGAGAAAAGGAAGAUUCCUGGAAGUUGGUGUAUUCGGGUGACACUCGGCCGUGUGAUACUGUGAGGGCGGCGAGUCGAGGAGCCACGGUGCUGAUUCAUGAGGCGACUUUUGAAGAUGACUUGCAGCACGAGGCGAUAGCCCGUAAGCACAGCACGACAAGUGAGGCAGUGGAGGUGGGUGCAUCUGCCCCCGCCUAUCUCACCAUUCUCACCCACUUCAGCCAACGCUACCCUAAAAUUCCCCGCCUCGCGCCCCCGGUGAAAAAUAAGAAGAAAGCCGGUGGCGGGGAUGUUGAGGGCGACGGAAGUGGGAGUGCGGCGAUUGCAUUUGAUCUGAUGUCGGUGAAUUUUUGUGACUUGCCGAGGCUGCCGGAGCUGGUGCCUGUCUUUCAGCUUCUGUUUAGGGAUGCGUUGGAAGAGGAGGAAGAGGAGCAAGAGGAGGGAGGAUGA